AUGAGCCAAGAUGUAACUCAGAUACGGAUAAUAAUUGGUCCCGUAGUCUCUAAUGGCGCGGCGGUCAAGGAGGAAGCCUAUCGGCUAUGCCCGUGUGAAGAUCUCCUUAUCUUAACGUUAUUUCCUGCGUUACCCUGCGGCGGCGGCGUCCCUUACUGCUCUCAGGGUGGAGGCAGAGUGGAGCCAGCACGUCCUGCCAGCCAAUCUUCCCCAAGGCUCCCUGCAGGACUGGCUGUGGCGUGUGCUGGUGGUGCUGCUGUGGUGAAGGCCGUCAUCCCUACCACCACCAUGGAUAGUCACCAGCAGCACCAGCACCAGCACCAGCAGCACCAACAGUCAGCCUCAGGUGUGGGGAGACACAGGCUUGUUAGGAAUUAUGAGUGUGGUGAGUGUGGCAAGACAUUUCCCUACAAGUCUUCCCUCACCACACACAGCCUGUCACACAGUGGUGUUAGGAAUUAUAAGUGUGGUGAGUGUGGCAAGACAUUUACCAGAAAGUCUCACCUCACCACACACAGGUCUUCCCUCACCAGACACAGGGUGACACACAGUGGUGUUAGGAAUUAUGAGUGUGGUGAGUGUGGCAAGACAUUUGCCUACAAAUCUCACCUCACCACACACAGGUCUCACCUCAUCACACACAGGGUGACACACAGUGGUGUUAGGAAUUAUGAGUGUGGUGAGUGUGGCAAGACAUUUGCCUACAAUGCUGUGUCCCUCCCUGCUGGCCUGUUGGUGCCCCAGGGUGUGCACCAGCCCAGACUGAGCCUUGGUGAGCACUGCGGCAUGGAUGCAGCAGUCUUCACCAAGCUGUGUCAGGCGUCACCAACCAGCCGUACAAGGAGAAACACUGUAAAUAAGCAAAAUAUUAAGAUAAUAAUUGGUCCCGUAGUCUCUAAUGGCGCGGCGGUCAAGGAGGAAGACUAUCGGCUAUGCCCGUGUGAAGAUCUCCUUAUUUUAACGUCAUUUCCUACGUUACCCUGCGGCGGCGGCGUCCCUUACUGCUCUCAGGGUGGAGGCAGAGUGGAGCCAGCACGUCCUGCCAGCCAAUCUUCCCCAAGGCUCCUGCAGGACUGGCUGUGGCGUGUGCUGGUGGUGCUGCUGUGGUGGAGGCCGUCAUCCCUACCACCACCAUGGAUAGUCACCAGCAGCACCAGCACCAGCACCAGCACCAGCAGUCAGCCUCAGGUGUGGGGAGACACAGGCUUGUUAGGAAUUAUGAGUGUGACACACUGGGCUGAGGGACUUUAAGUGUGAUGAUUGUGGCAAGUGUUUCAUGACAAAGGCUGACAUUGCACGCCACGUCAAGGUCCACUUUUGAGGUGGUGUGUUGUGUGGACCAGUGGCGCCACACCCGUGCUUGUAGUGGUGGUGGUGGUGGUCUUUUUGUAAAGGAGUUUCAAUAAAUGUUUGUAAUAAA